AGGGGUCCAUAAAGAAAUAUAGGUAGAGUAACACGCAAACCAAGACGAAGUCUUCUCUUUUGCGAUCCACUGAUCUACCAAUAUCAGUGCUAAUCAAUCCACAUCUCUGCAUACGUAAUUCUCGUGCUUCGCAGGCGUGCAAGUUUCCCUCAAAAUGUUAUUGAAUUACUUUGCUUUCUUUCCAGCACAUCAUUUUCAGACGUUCUAUAAAACGGAUACCAUUUUCAGGUAAUCAUUUGUUUUUUCUGCCAUAAUUUCGGCCCCUUUUUCUGUUUUCUAUAUUUCGUUUGGGUCUCUUUGGUUUAAGUCCAAGAGAGAAGAAAAGAGAAGUAAGCAAGACUGAGGGGAGGGAGCUCUGCCUCUACUACGCUCUCAGAUCCAUACCCCACGCGGAAAUCAAAACCCUAGCGUCCGGUUCGCGCCGCCGCUUGCUGCUGCGAGGGCGUCGAGGAGAUGAGGGGUGUCAGGGGGGUUGGCGGCGGCGCCUCGUCCUCGUCUUCCACCGCAGAGAACUCGCGCUUCGAUGCGGCGCAGUACUCCUUCUUUGGCAAGGCGCCCAUGGAGGGAUCGGAGCUCGGUGGUGUGUUGGAGGAUGGAGGUGUCGACGGCGAUGGCAGCGGAUUUAGUGGACUUGAUGAUGGGGGUUACCAGUUUUCAUCUAUGGGAGAAGAGAUUGAUUGUAUGAGUAACUUGUCUGAAAUUGAUGAUCUUGCAAGCACUUUUGCAAAGUUGAACCGUACUAUUAUUGGAACAAGGAAUCCUGGUGUUAUUGGCGAUAGACGAUCAAUUUCAAGGGAAAGUUCUUUGACAACUGACUGGGUUCAAGAUGUGGACUUCCCCAAUUGGGUAGAUCAGGAUAUACCAGACAGUGAUGAAUUACAGGACAGCAAACAGUGGUGUUCACAAAUGCAGUCUUCACCUCACUUUGGAGAGUCCAAACCACUGUCUCGAACAUCUUCGUAUCCCCAGCCACCAUUACAGCACCGCUUAAGUGAACCUAUUCUUGUCAGAUCUUCUUCGUUUACAUCCUAUCCACCACCAGGUGGUGGUGCUGGGUUACCUUAUCCUGCUAAAGGUCUUACACGACACUCAAGCAUUCCACCACCUGGUGCUGUUCACCAGAUGGGUUCUCCAAGUUCGUCGCUUUCUGGUUCUCCAUAUCACACGACUGGUCUACCUCAUGGACUGCCCUUUGGACGAAGCAUGUCUUACACUGCUGCAGAUCUGUCAAUGAGCAGCAUCCUGCAAAAUGACUGGCCGAACCAAACUGGUCCAGUUGCUUUUGAGCAUCUUAAUCUAUGGCCCAAUUUGUUGCAGCAACAAUUAUCUCUGCCUAGUAGUUCAAUGUCUUCAAUGUUUUUUCCUCAGCAGCAGCAGAGAUUUUUGCCAGUCCAGCAGUCCUUUCAGAAUUACAUGAACUUGCAACCUCACCUAUUAUAUCAGCAUCGUUCUCCAGAUAUAAUGGGCAAGUUUGAUCAUGUUCCUAACGUGCCUUCACCAAGAGACAAGCGAUCUAGGUCAGGAAGAGGAAAACACAGUACACGCUUUUCUCAACAGCCUUCUGAUACAGGUAGCCAGAAUGGUGACAAUGGGGGGGUAAAGUUCAGGUCCAAGUAUAUGUCAUCCGAAGAAAUUGAAACUAUCUUAAGAAUGCAGCACUCAGCACAUCACAGCAGUGAUCCUUACAACGAUGAUUACUAUCACCAAGCUUGUAAAGCCAAAAGAUCUGUCAAUUCUCAGCAUAAGUCCAGUUUCUCCCCUAUGUCAAUAAAAGACGUUCCCUCGAAGUUCCGGUCUGGUGGUGAUCAACAUGCAUAUCUACAGGUUGAUGCUGUUGGAAGAGUUUCAUUCUCUUCCAUACGUAGGCCUCGCCCUCUUCUUGAAGUUGAUUUUCCUGCAUCUGGUGAUCAUAAGUCAUCUAUGAGGCCACUGGAGAAAGAGCCAAUGCUGGCAGCCAGAAUAACUGUUGAAGAUUGUCUUCGUCUUCUUCUGGAUGUAGAUGAUAUUGAUCGAUUCUUACAGUCUAGCCAGCCACAGGACAGCAGUUUCCAACUGAGGCGAAGGCGACAGGUCCUCCUUGAAGGCUUAGCUGCAUCACUUGAGCUUGUUGACCCUUUUGGCCCCAACAAACCUGGCCAUUCGUCAGGAUUGGCCCCUAAGGAUGACCUUAUCUUUCUUCGCAUCGUUUCUCUCCCUAAAGGACGUAACCUUUUGGCACGCUAUCUUCGACUUCUUGUCCCUGGUGGUGAGCUGACCCGGAUCGUCUGCAUGGCUAUUUUUCGACACCUUAGGAGCUUGUUCGGGGGUUUGCCGUCAGACUCUGGUGCUGCAGAAACAACCAUUAGUCUUGCCAAGACUGUUUCCUCUUGUGUGCUCCAUAUGGAACUAAGUGCUCUCAGUGCUUGUUUCGCCGCUGUUGUCUGUUCAUCGCAGCAGCCACCUCUCCGCCCACUUGGUAGCUCUGCUGGCGAUGGGGCUUCUCUAAUCAUCAAAUCUGUACUGGAUAGAGCAACUGAGCUACUGGGUGAUCCUCAUUCUGCAGCCAACUACAGCAGGUCAACACGUUCUCUGUGGCAAGCAUCAUUCGAUGCUUUCUUUGGACUUCUGACAAAGUACUGUGACAGCAAGUAUGAAAGUAUUGUGCAGAGGUUUGCCAUCCAGGGAUCCAACUCUGUGGUAGGACCUGAGGCCUCCAAAGCAGUCAGCAGAGAGAUGCCUGUUGAGCUGCUACGUGCAAGUCUUCCUCAUACUAAUGAACACCAACACCAGACACUGCUAGAUUUUGCCCGGAAAUCUAUGUGUGUAUCCGGUUUCAAUCCUGAUGCUAGCCAUGGACAUAUUUCUUCCGAAUCUGUUCUGGGUCAACACUCGAAAGACCCAAAGGUCAUUGCUUAAAUUAUACGUGCAGUUUGUCUUCAGAUGACAAUUCUUAUAUUUGGAGACAUGCUUGCGCUCUUAUGGUAAGGUUGAGCUUGGAGAAGUUCCAUUGGCUCAAUGAAGUUAGCAUUCAGAAUGUGACCAUGUGUAGGAUCGAGAUUAAAUUUAUAGACCAAAAACCUCCUUUAUGUAGGUCCUUCCAUACAGCACCCCUUGAUGGUUAUAAUAGAUUAUGCAUGUAUCCUGUUGUAACUGUGUAGUGAUGAAAUCUAAUUAACCUUUGUUUUCUCCCAAUGAAAAGGAAAGUAGUGGGUGGAUAGCAACAGCUUUACCACCCUCCCUUCUGCUUGUUUCUUGAGGGGGAUAAAACAUGUCAUCUGGUGACGUUUGCUUUCAGCUGGGACGUGUGCCAGAGGUGCAGGAGUAAUGUGCUUUUCAGGCUCCAGGGAAGGCUCUAUAAGGGCGUUUGCCACAGUAGUUAUUAAUAUUCCAGUGCUCCUGCUUAUAUGGAUUGUAAGCUUCAUGUGAUUACUUUUAAGUCCAGCGAUUGGUGACGCUAUUUGCCGAUCUUGUAAUUCAUUUCUGAGGGCAUUUAUGCGUUCAUUUAUCUCUUUAUU